GGGACAGAGGAGAGAGCGGGGGGGGGAAUGACUGCAUCAAAGGAAACACCAAAAACAAUCAUGACUCCUGUAAUCCAGCCUGCGUCUUUUCCGAACCACGAGGAUCGCUCUGUGGACCCGCACGCGAUGCUGCGAUAAAUGACGCGCCGCACCGCAGUGUAAGCUGGCUUGAGAAAGAUGUCAUCUCCGGGCAUGGGCACCCCCAGCGACCCCCUCUUGGCCAGUCCCGGAGGCAGGUCGUCCACGGCUCAGGAAGGAAUCUGGAGGAGCUCGCUCCCCAAAACCGCCAGCUUCCCGACAUCCACCACCCGGCACCUCAGUCACCGCGCAAACAACUUCCAGAGACAGCCAAAGCGCCAGAAGCUGAUACGACCUUCACCUCCUCCACCCCCCAACACCCCCUGUCCCCUGGACCAGCUGGACUUCAGCGAGCUUCCUCCCAGACGCACCUUUCAAGAACUCCUCUUCAACGGCUGCAUCCUCUUUGGUAUCGAGUUCAGCUACGCCAUGGAGACGGCUUAUGUGACUCCUGUGCUCCUCCAGAUGGGGCUGCCGGAUCAGUUCUACAGCUUGGUGUGGUUCAUUAGCCCGAUUCUGGGCUUCCUUGUUCAGCCCCUCAUAGGAGCGUGGAGUGACCGUUGUACAUCCCGGUUUGGGAGAAGAAGGCCUUUCAUUUUCGCUUUGGCUAUUGGGGCUUUGAUCGGCCUGACCCUGGUGCUGAAUGGACGGGACAUCGGAGGAGUACUGGCUGACACGACGUCCAAUCACAAGUGGGGAAUUGUCCUGACAGUGUGCGGCGUCGUUCUGAUGGACUUCAGCGCUGAUUCAGCCGACAACCCGAGCCAUGCCUAUAUGAUGGAUGUGUGCAGCCCAGAGGAUCAGGACAGGGGGUUGAACAUUCAUGCUUUGCUGGCAGGACUUGGAGGUGGUUUUGGCUACAUUGUUGGGGGCAUCAACUGGGACCAGACACAGUUCGGAAGGUCGAUGGGAGGUCAACUGCGAGUCAUAUACCUGUUUACAAGUGUCACUCUGGUGAUCGCCACAGCCAUGACUCUCAUGAGCAUCCCAGAACGGACCCUGCCAAAAGGCCAGCCAAACAAAAACGCCAGCAAAAGCCACCUGAAGAGCCCCAGCCUCCCACUACCUCCGUCUCCCCCCGUUCCCCCAGGAUCAGCAUUCGGACUGGAGGAGGAAGAUGAGGAAAGUCUUUACAAUUACAAGUCUCACCCAUGUAAUUCUGAAGCUCUGGCCCAUUCCUGCAGUGCCAACGCACGCCUCUGUGUUGGCCUGACGAGUCCCAUAUCGCCCCUGAGUCCUCUCACUCCAAAAUAUGGCAGCUUUAUAAGCAGGGACAGUUCUCUCACAGGCAUUAACGAGUUUGCCUCAUCUUUAGGGACCUCGUACAUAGACAGAGUGCUUAUAGACUGCUACACAGGUCAGCAGACGCCACAGGCCCUGGACGCCGGCUCCACCACAGUGCCACUGCCUCCAGGGGACUCUCCUCAUCCCGACGAGGCCACGCAGGAGGCAGGAAGCCAUUCUGCUGGACAGGAUCAGCCCGACGUGGCUCCUCAGCCAGCUGGGGGUGCUCUGCACGCAGACGUGGCCCAGCAUGAGGGAGACGCACGCACUCAUGGAUCAUCUCAGGCUGCAGCUGGAGCUCAGCCUGCUGCCGGGUCACAUCGGGGGUCCACCGCUGGCAUCCUGAAGCGGCCCCAGAGCCUCGCGUUGAUGGAGGAGCCCGCGGCGACCCAGAUCGUUGGACUCGAGAAUGGACGCAGAAGGACUGUGACCUUCAGCCAGCAGGUUGCGAACAUUUUGCUGAACGGGGUGCGCUACGAGAGCGACCUCAGCGAGAACGCGGAGACGGGAGAAUCCCAAAUGUCAAUGAAGCUGCUGUGUAUAGCCAUCUACAGGAUGCCUCCCUCCCUGCGGAGCUUAUGCACUAAUCAUUUUUUGGGCUGGCUGUCAUUUGAAGGCAUGCUGCUCUUUUACACUGACUUUAUGGGGGAGGUUGUGUUUGAAGGAGACCCCAAAGCGCCCCAUGACUCCGACGCCUACCAACGAUACAAUGCUGGCGUUAGCAUGGGAUGCUGGGGCAUGUGCAUCUAUGCAUUCAGUGCUGCUUUCUACUCAGCCAUACUGGAGAAACUGGAGGAGCGUUUCUCUCUUCGCACUCUCUAUUUUUUUGCCUACUUGGCAUUUGGUUUGGGCACAGGCCUCGCAACGCUAUCCACCAACCUCUACGUGGUUCUUUCCCUGUGCGUCACCUACGGGGUGCUCUUCUCCUCUCUAUGCACGCUGCCUUACUCUCUGCUGUGUGAAUACUACCAGAGCCCUCAGUUUUGUGGCUCGUCGGAGGAAGGGACCAGACGAGGGAUGGGGGUGGACAUCUCCCUGCUCAGCUGCCAGUAUUUCCUGGCUCAGAUUCUGGUCUCUGUGGCUAUGGGACCUCUGACCUCACUGGUGGGUGGGGCCCAGGGAGUCAUGUACUUUGCCAGCCUGAUGUCAUUCGUGGGCUGCCUGUACUCCUCCCUCUGCGUGGUGUACCAGCUGCCCCCCCCCGAGGGUGAGCCCCCCGAUAGUGAGACCCAGCCACUAUUGGUGCACAUCUAGAGAAGCCUCUUAAUUUAAUUUACCUCUCACACACACGCGCACACACACACACGCAGAGCCGGCGACACACGCUCUCACUCUGUGGCUUAGUGUCUGAGUGUGUUGACCUUCACGUCACUGUUAGGACAAACACACUGUACACGCUGCCACACACUGUACAGCCCACAGCAUAUAUGGUUUUACACUAAUCAGCACUGCUCUUCUCAGAGCUAGGCAGACAGACGGACAUUGGCCACUGCUCUAAUUUGCGUUUAAAUGACCAGUGUGUUCAUACAGUGUGUGUGCCCAUGCAUUUCUUCCCCUAACUUUGCAAAUGAAUGCGUGACCUUUUUGAAUGUGAGUGUGGGUCUUGUUGAUUUGUGUGUGUGAGAGAGAACAUGAGUGGCCUCUUUGAUUAUAGACAAGCUGUUCCUCUGUCUGAUUCUUUGCUGUAUAAUCUUACAUCAUCUUUUCUUGCUUGUUGGUGUUUAGAAAUGUUGAUCACCGUGUGCAGGCUAACCAUAGCUUUCCCUUCUUUUUCUUCCUUUUAUCAGUUGCCUAGCGUCUGCAUGAGCUGCGAUGUAAUCUCCCAAAGCCCUGUGUUACAGUUUUGUUUCGGUCAUGCGGCCAAGGAGAUGUCUACCUGCCUGUUUCUCUGAGUUAGCAUUUUAGCAUCACACCUCAGGCAGGGUCCGUUUCUGACUCCAACAAAUGUGCUGCCAGUGACCACUCAUACUCACUCAUUAAUUCUUACUAAUUAAUUCAACAUCACUUAAUUGCAUAAUUUAGCAAACACAUAUUUAAUAAUCAUGUGAAGCUGAACAGUGUUUAAUCACACUGACAGUCUUUAGGGGCUUCACAAUGUCCACAUUUUAAUAAGCCAAUAAAAACAACAAUUCCACAUAAUCUAGUCACUGUGAGCAUUAUCAGACUUGCUCUCUACGAAUUAUAAAACUAACUAAAUAGUAUGAGUAUGUUGACCGACUAAAUUUCGACAGACGCACGACAAAUACGACCCACAACACACACACACACACGCACGCACGCACACACACACACACACACACACACACACACACACACACACACACACACACACACACACACACACACAUACACACACACACACACACACACACACACACACUCAAGAAACACAGAGAAAUGUGUACUGGUGGUAAAUUCUAUCCGGGCCCUCACUAAGCCAUGGACAGUCCUGCUCCUGCCGUUGUAAUAAUGACAGUGAUUCUUGUCAUUAUCAGGAAGAGGAGAAGUUGAAACUGGGCUGUGAAUCAGCAUUCUGUGGAAACCCGAACAUAACAGAAGAACAGAAGACUCAUGUGAACUAUGGGUAAUCCUGUGGACAUCUGUGGAAAGAACGACUGUGGGGGGUUCAUAGAGCCGGCAAGCAAGUGCUAAGUGUCACCAUUAGGGCGCAUGCGUCAAGUAUUAGGCUUCUGCUCCACCACGCUCGGCCCAUAACCUUGAUAUAGUGGUGUUACGUUUGUUAGCCAGUUUCCAUAGGAAGCAUCAAACUUCAUUCUUUUUAUUCCUCCAUCCUACAACAAAGCCAUUUGAUUCAUACAAUUUUUGUUGUACUCCUGUUUGCCAGCCUCAGCACAGGCGCUACGCCUGAUUUCAGGGCUUUAACAUAAUGUAAACAUUAAUAUAACGAAUUUUUGGUCUUUUCUCGUGAUGCUUCAUUGACUAGUACCAAAACUGUGGUGCCAGUCACAAUUGCUGCCUCAGCAGAAUGUCAAGAAUUGCCUACUAUUGAAGCCUGGACUCAGUGGAUGCAUGCCAUGCUAAUGUUUCCCAGGAAACAGUACUUGUGUGGAUCAUGCUGUUGCAGCUUGAGAAAAAAAACAACACUUUGUGUUAUACCACUUCUUGUUCAAUAUUAGCGGUGUUUCUUUUAUUCAGGGUUCAGUUCAAAGUAAAACAGUUUUCCACUUUG